AUGAUUUGGAAGUUGCUCCUGAGCUUCGCGGUCCUGUUGAGCUGCAUUUGUCCUGUCUUGGGUGCUCCCAAGGCUGAAGUGGAGCUGUCCAACCAGUACACGGACAAAUAUGUUUUCGCUCACUUCAUGGUGGGCAUCGUAGGAAACUAUGAGCUCGAUGAUUGGAAAACAGACAUGGCGGCGGCACAAGCGAUUGGAAUCGAUGCAUUUGCAUUGAAUUGUGCCAGCAUCGAUAACUACACGUACAGCCAACUGGACCUUGCCUACACAGCUGCCGCGCAAGUUGGUUUCAAAGUCUUCAUCUCUUUUGACUUUGCCUAUUGGAACAACGGAGACACCGCAAAUAUCACUGCGUACAUGCAGCUGUACGGUAAUCAUCCUGCACAGAUGCAGUACAGAGGUGCCGCGGUGGUAAGCACAUUUGUUGGAGACUACUUCAAUUGGGAGCCAGUGAAGCAGGGUACAUCUCAUCCAAUCUAUGCGUUACCCAACCUCCAGGAUCCGGCGGAGGCUGUGUCUCUCUCUUCCAGGGGCGCGGAUGGAGCAUUUUCUUGGUUGGCUUGGCCUACGGAUGGAGGAAACAGUAUCAUUCCUGGGCCAAUGGACACAGUGUGGGAUGACAGGUUCUUCCGUUUCCUCGAGGGAAAAACAUACAUGGCCUCGGUCUCGCCUUGGUUUUCGACACAUUUCAACUCCAAGAACUGGGUGUUUAUCUGCGAGAACUUGCCAACACUUCGUUGGGAGCAAAUGCUGUCCCUGAAACCGGACUUGGUGGAGAUCAUCUCAUGGAACGAUUAUGGUGAAUCCCACUACAUCGGCCCUGCCGAGCCUCACCACAGCGACGACGGCUCCUCCCAGUGGGCAAACAACAUGCCCCAUGACGCCUGGCGCGAGCUUUACAAGCCCUACAUCGCGGCCUACAAAUCAGGGGCAUCGAAGCCUUCUAUCGAAGAGGACAAGGCCGUCUACUGGUAUCGCCCUACCCCCAAGGGCGUGGUUUGCACUGGAGAUCCUCUCCCACCUCCAAAUGGCGUAAGCAUGCUGAGUGACAGCAUCUUCAUCGCCACCAUGUUGACAAGCCCGGCUACCUUGACUGUCCAAAGUGGAGGCAAUUCUCCAGUCAGCAUCGACGUUCCCGCGGGAAUAACAACAUCAAGUGUCAGCAUGGGUGUGGGUGCUCAGCAAUUCACAGUCACUCGUGGCGGACAGACCAUUUUGAGUGGCCAGGGAGGUUUGUUUGUUCAGAACACUUGCACUCACUACAACUUCAAUGUGUACGUGGGAUUGAUCUCUCGGGGCUACUAG